AUGGCGGCCAUCACAGCAGAUCAGAAGCGGCCCGGCGAGCCCGAGGUCAUCGCUUACACCGACGCCGAGAAGGCUGGCGGUGUCGCGAUGCCGGCCGGCGGUCAUCGUGACUCCAAGGACGGCAACGGAUCCGACUCGGAUGAGUUCCAGGAGGGUGUUCGCAACAUGCGCGCCAUCACCACCAUCUGGACCAAGAAGACGCUCUGGACCAUGUUUGGGCUCCUCUAUCUCAUCUCCUUCGUCGACUACCUCCAAAACGCCGUCGACUCGGCCCUCUCACCCUACGUCACCUCCGCCUUCAAGUCCCACGGCCUGCUCAACAUCGCCUCCAUCCUGUCCACCAUCAUGGGCGGCUGCGCGCCCCUUGCCCUGGCCAAGCUGAUCGACAUCUGGGGCCGCGUCGAGGGCUUCGUCUUCAUGCUCCUCGUCUGCGUCGUCGGCACCAUCCUCAAGGCCGUCUCCAACAACGUCUCGACCUACGUCGCCGGCGGCACCCUCUACUGGACCGGCCACAUCGGCGUCCGCUACGUCAUCGGCGUCCUCCUCGCCGACAUGACCUCGCUCAAGAACCGCAUGAUCUUCAUCGGCUUCAGCGCAACGCCCCGCAUCGCCACGGCCUUUGCCGGCCCCGCCAUUGGCAAGCUGUUUCUUGAGCAGGUCAACUUUCGUUGGGCGUUUGGUGCCUUUGCGAUCCUACUGAUAGCCAGCUGCGUCCCGGCCAUUGUUCUCCUCAGCAUGAUGAACCGCAAGGCGCUGCGCGAGGGCAUUAUUGAGAAGCGUCCCGCCUCGGGCCGCACCAUGCUCCAGUCCUUCAAGUUCUACGCUAUCGAGUUUGACAUCCUGGGCAUCUUGAUCCUCAUGUUUGCCCUAUCCUUCCUGCUGCUGCCCUUCAGCCUGGCCAGCCGCGCCCCCCAGCAGUGGCGCACCCCCUACAUCAUCGCCCUCAUCGUGCUCGGCGUGCUCCUCCUGCCCGUCUUUUACAUCUGGGAGGCCAAGUUCGCGCCCAAGCAGUUCCUGCCCUUCCACUACCUCAAGCAGGGCACCAUCAUCGGCUCCUCGCUGCUCGUCGGCACCAUGUACCUGUCCUGCUUCACCUGGAAUGCCUACUUCUACUCGUACCUGCUCAUCGUGCACCGCCAGCCCAUCGACACGGCCGGCUACAUCGUCAACACCUUCAUGCUGACCGCUGCCUUCUUCGCGCCCAUCGUCGGCUUCGUCAUCAGCUACACGGGCGACUUCAAGUGGACCGCCUACGCGGGCGUGCCCAUUAUGCUGCUCGGCACCGCGCUCAUCAUCCCCUUCCGCAGCCCCAGCGCGCCCGUCGGCAUGCUCGUCUUCACCCAGUUCUUGGUCGGCCUCGGCAGCGAAAUCUUCACGGCCUGCAGCACCCUGGCCAUCAUGGCGCCCGUCACCCACCAGUACAUCGCCGCCGUCAAUGCUAUCGGCGGGCUGUUUGGCAGCGUCGGCGCGGCGAUUGGUUUUGCCAUCGCGGGUGCCAUGUGGAACAACAUGGUGCCCCAAGAGCUGACCAACCGCCUGCCGGAGGGGCUCAAGGGCAACGCAAGCGCCAUCUUCGCGGACAUCAACAUCCAGGGCUCCUUUGCCGACGGCUCCCCGGAGCGCGAGGCCGUGGUCGGCGCCUACUCGCACGUCAUGCGCCUCAUGGUCAUUGUCGGCGCCGCGUUUAUGCCCCUCUGCGUUCUCUGUGUCUUUGCGUGGAAGAACAUCAACGUCAAGAAGAUUGAGGAGGAGCAGGGCAAGCAGACCAAGGGCAACACUAUUUAG